CAGAAGAAGCAAAUAUAAUAAAACCCCCUGCUAUCGAAAUAUCUUAACUUUAGAGUGACAAAUCAUAGUAAUUGAAACACGUUGUUAAUCAUUUAAGUUGCAUAAUAAUCCGAUUCCUGUACAAAACGUACAUGAAUUUCAUCCCACCGGCUGAUCUUGAUCUGGACUCUGUACAACAACUCACUUCAAGUUUAUUCGAAAAAGGUUAUAUGAUGCCGGUAAACGGAACGAGGGACUCCAUAUCUACAGACCCUGGAAGGUCUGGGAUAUCAGAAUCAAUUGAUAGGCCAGAAAAUCCAAAUACGGGGGUGCUGCAAGAUGAUGGAGACAAUGCAAGCGGUUCCCAUGUCACAAGAAGACAAUCUAUUCGUCCAUCUGAUCGUACAGUCUCGGAAUCUGUAGUGCCUCUUUAUAAUUCUAUUAUUCAAAACAUUCCUGAAUCAUUACCUACAACUCCAGGUUAUGAGGUCACUCAGAAAAUGUUUGAACAAGAUAUGACUUCCAGCUUGCCAACGCAGAGACCAAAUUUGUAUAGAAAGGAUACUCAACAAGCGGAAUUGGGGAAUAGUUGGUCAGCUGAUUUGGGAGGAGCUAUUACCAGACUACUUACUAAUCAAAGAGAUAUUGGAUCUAUCAGAGAAAAUGAUAAUGAGAGACUGGUUAUAGAAGUAGAGUCAGAACCUGUCGAUGAAACUACCCCUGUAAUGACAUUUAGAAACCCACCAAAGAACCUUUGGAGGGUUUGUGCAUGUUGUAUUUGGGCAUUCACUAAUGGGUUUUCCGACGGUACUCCGGGUGCUCUUUUACCAUUUAUCGAAGAGUAUUAUAAUGUAUCAUAUUCCGUGGUAUCACUUAUUUGGAUGUCCAAUGCUGUGGGAUUUAUUAUGGUGGCUCUUUUCUCUCAUAAGAUUGAGCCUUGGUUUACUAAACGUCAAGCACUUACCCUCGGAUGCGUAUUUUCCACUAUUAUGUUUGCCUUUGUUCUGACGGGGUAUAAAUUCCCGUUAAUUGUAUGUGGGUUUUUCUUUGGAGGUGUUGGUGUAGCCACAUGUUUAUCCCAAAUGAAUGUCUUUAUGACAAGAUUAGAAAAGUCCUCGACGGCAUUGGGGUAUUUCCAUGGGGUUUAUGGGUUGGGGGCAACAGUAUCACCAUUGAUUGGUACAUCCUUCAUCAAUAAUGAUAUCCCUUGGCAUUAUUUUUAUUUAAUUCUAGUCGGUUUACUGUUGACCAAUGCAAUUAAUAUUUGGUUUUCAUUUGAAGGUUCAGAUGAAGACUUGGCUCCAUGGGAUAAUAAAGAAGAUGUACUGACCGAAACAGUGGUGAAAGAAGAAGAAGAAGCAAUUAAUACAGGACAUGAAGAAACCGUCAUAGGAUUAACCAAUCUCGGCAGAGGAGGGAAAUCUAAAACUUCUCGUCAAGGUCCACAUGCACCAGCGGUUCCACAUGGGGACAUGGCUGCAGCUUUAAGUAACCGUAUUACAUGGCUUAUAUCCUUCUUCGUUUUAUUUUACCAAGGAUCGGAAGUCUCUAUGGGUGGUUGGAUUGUUACGUAUUUACUCAAUUACCGUCAUGGUAACCCCAAAAGUGUUGGUUAUGUUGCAUCGGGGUUCUGGUUAGGGCUCACUUUAGGUCGUCUUGCACUCACUAGACCUUUCCACAAGUAUGUUGGUGCUAGAAGAGGAAUCAUCAUUAUGUCGGUUUUAUCCAUCCUUUUUGUUGUCUUAACUUGGGCUAUUCCUAGUGUUAUUACUGCUGGGGUAUUUGUAUCGCUUGCCGGAGUUUUCAUUGGCCCCACAUAUCCUCUAAUGAUCUCAUUAGCUGCCAGAAUGCUUCCAAGAAAGAUUCAAGUUGUUUCCCUUACAAUCAUGACAGCAUUUGGCUCUUCUGGUGGUGCAAUUUUCCCUUUUUUUGUUGGACUUAUAUCCCAAUUUGCUGGAGCUUUUGUAGUUCUUCCAAUCUUCAUUGGACUAUAUACAUUGAUGCUUAUCAUUUGGAUUUGUUUACCAAAUGUUGAAGGUAGAGAAAGGUAUGAUGGUAAAAUGACUUGGUGGCAAAGAAUUUGGUAAAUUUUAUUUAAUUAAUUAAUCUAU